UUUACUUUGCAAUAUGUUGUAUAACUAACCUCAAUUGUAGUUUCGAACAAUAAAACGUAUCAUCAAAUAAAUGAUAAUAAUUUUUAUCUUUGAUAUUUUACUUUUACAGUAAUAUGGUUUAGUGAUUCGUUUUUGGUUAUCAAGUCGUACAAGCUCUGUUGGAAUAUUUUAUAUGCGCAAAUCAGAGUUCACGCGAAGAAAAAAAAAAGUAUUAAUGGUUUGCUUUGGAAACACGUGCAGAUCGCCUAUUGCCGAAGCUGUUUUUCGUAAAUAUGUCAAAGAAAAUAACUUAGAACAAUUUUGGGAAGUCGAUAGUGCUGCAUUGUUUGGGUACCACGAAGGGAAAAACAUAAAUACAAAGUCUAGAGAGGUCCUUGAAAGAAACGGCAUUGUCGAUUACAACCACGUUGCCCGCAUUAUAAAUAAAGAAGAUUUUCACAAUUUCGAUUGGAUUCUUGGAAUGGAUUAUUAUAAUCUUAAUUUACUAAGUGGUAUGCAACCUCAAGGAAGCUCAGUUAAAAUCGACCUUUUAGGCCAUUAUGACCCGGAAGGAGAAGUCGAAAUUGAAGAUCCAUACUGCGACCAGCAGACUCAUAAGUUUGAAACAAUUUAUAGCCAAUGUAUCAGAUGCGUUCAAUCAUUCAUUGAGAAACAUAAAUAAAUUAAAGUAACAUCAU